AUGGGUCCGCGACCCGCUCACUUACGUCUGAACGACGAUGAUAAUGACUUGCCGCGACCACCUAAAAUGGGCUUUCACAUGGAUCUCCCCUCGCCGCGGACCGGCGAAGUACCGCCCGCCCUCUCACCACUGGACGCAUUCGCGCUGCAGUCACGCAUGCUGGCCAAGCAGUUCGAGCAGGAGCAGCAGAAUGGACGGCGGCUGAGCAGACUACCGCCGAUUAUGGUGCAGAAGGAGUUGGCGAGCAGACCGGACUUCUUUCGCAGCUUCAGCGGUGGGAUAGAUGAUGCGACACGUGAUAUCCCUUCCGUGCAGGAGGAGAGUCCUGUCAGUCCACCACAAGGAUUGACUGUGCAUUCCCAGAGUUAUGACAAGGAUAGGCCGAUUAGUCAUUAUCCUAUGCUUGGGCAUGCGAGUAAAUUGAGCAGGAGCAGUCCGACGCGUACACCAUACUAUGAUGCAGAGGAGAGCCAGCCGAGUGCGCAGCCGGACUACUUCGGGAUACCGCGGGCGGCGUCACCGGAGGCGUUCGACGCAAAGUUGAAUGUCGAGGCGCCUUCGCCUAUGAUACCUAGCUUGACCAGCAGCGUGGAUUCUGUACAAUCGCAAGGACCGAGGACAUGGACAAAUGGCUCCACAGCCUCGCAACGAUCACUACGAUCAGAGCAUGGACUAUUGGCGCCUAGAUCGCCUGCGUUUCCAAAGUCGCCGCGAAGUAUGCAGAGCAUACGAUCCGUACCCCCUGACAGCGGAGACGAAGAUGCAUCGUCGUGGGGCGGAGCGUAUGCGACGUCUUCUUCACGAAAGUUCUCUGGCAGCAGUGGCAUGUCCCGGCCACAUUCACCCAUUUCUUCAUACCCUCCACCACAUAUACAUCGCACACCAUCUAUGACCUCGGAUUACUCUACCCAACAGGCGCAGCCUAGAUCGCAACAAGCGAAACCAUAUAACUUUUCACGACCGCGGAGUACGCAGAGCAUCUCCUCAAUACACCAACAUCCAUCUUUCGACAGCAAGAAUUCGCUGCGCACAUCUCUUGAGCAUCCGCACAGGCAUGCUUCGGAAGCGAGUAACAGUACGCAAGCGACCACACUUUCCACCGCGCCUUCGGCACAUCAGAGACAGCCGUCACAGGAUGACGCGCAAACACCAUAUAUACCAGAAAAGACUGUGACGCCUGAGAAUGGUAGCACAGUAGAUUAUUUCAACAGUAACAGUGGCGCAACUUCGUAUACAUAUGCAAAGUACGCUCUUCCGCGCGGCAGGGCCGUGGAUCGAAAUUCUAUUGGUUUGACGGAAUCAUGGGGCCAGCAUCAAUGGACCUGGGACGAGAACAAGUCAAUUGCUAAGGACACGGCGCCGGCGUCUGCACCCGUACCUGCACCAGCGAAGGUGGUCCCAGUGCAUCCGCGGGACACCAGCGAUGCUUCAUACCCUUCACCACCCGCACGACCAGAUCCACCAGUCUGUCCACCCUCACCAGCAAGAUCAGAACGAAUAUCCGGCAACCGCCUAAGCAGAAGAGACCUCUCCACCUCAAGCCUCCCCCGAAGCCGCUCCGCGCACCCGGAAACCAACUUCGAGCGCUCCCCCCUCCACCAAGCCACCCCCUCCAUCCUCACCUCAAGCACCGACAAAACCACCAUCCGCCCCACCCCCCCUCUGCACCAACGCUCCCCCUCCGCCGAACUCACUCCAGACGAACACCUCGAGAUCGGCAUCCAAGCCCACUCCGCCGGCCACCUAAACAAAUCAACCUACCACCUCCGCCUCGCUGCCAACGCCGGCUUACCAACCGCCAUGCUCCUCUACGCACUCGCCUGCCGCCACGGCUGGGGCACCCGGCCCAACCAGUCCGAAGGCGUCAAAUGGCUGCGCCUCGCAAUCGAUUCCGCGGGCCUCGAGAUCAGCGAAGUGGAGACCACCAUCUCCCACGCUUCCGCCCGAUCGCCCAAAGCCGAUCCCAUUGCUGAAGCGGCCGAGAGGAAGAAGAGGAAGGCGCAGUUUGCAUUGGCGAUUUAUGAGUUGGGGAUUUCUUAUAUGAAUGGGUGGGGCUGUCCGAAGGAUAAGGGGUUAGCGGUGAGGUGUUACGAGGUUGCGGGGAGUUGGGGCGAUGCGGAUGCCCUGGCCGAGGCCGGGUUUUGUUAUACGCAGGGCCAGGGGUGCCGGAAGGAUUUGAAGCGGGCGGCGGGGUUGUAUAGGCGGGCGGCGGAGAUGGGGAUGAGUAUGGCGGGGAAUAGUUGGAUUUAUAAAUCGAAGUAUAUGGAUGAUUCGGCCGCGACCGCGGCGAAGAAUGGUAGUAGUAGUAGUCCGGUGAAGUUGAGGCUGGAUGCGAGGUCUGAGACCCCUGAUACCAUGCAGACGCGGUCGCGAGGCCGAUCGAUAUGGUCGAGGAGGAAGAAUAAGGAUAAGGUGUGA